AUGGCUGUGUCUAACCCGCAAGACGUCGAUGCCUUCCUCGAGGAUGUUGCCCAGGAUGUCCUGAAGACCAAAGAAAACGAGCGCCGCGCGAGCAUUGACGAGCGAGAGAAGGAGGACCGCCUCCGCAGCAACCGCGACCGAUACCCCGACCGCCGUGAUAGGAGCAGGGAACGUAAUCAUGAAGACCGUGAUAGGACUCGUCGCAACGACUCGCGCGACCGUCACUUCCGUGGCGGACGUCGAGGAGGACGCGGAGAUGGUGGAGGCGACUAUUACAGCGGUGGUGGCCGUCAGCGUUCUCGCUCCCCGCGCCGUGACCGCGACCGCGACUCCAAGUACCGUGAGCGAAACAGGUCCCGAGACCGCCGCGGUGGUCGUGAUGAGCGUAGCGCCCCACGUCAUGGUAAGACCGUGUCGCCAGAGGUCACCGAGGACGAUCGCGACAAGCGCACCAUCUUUGUGCAGCAGAUUUCGCAGCGUGCCCUCACCCACCACCUGCUGGCAUUCUUUGAGACUGUCGGCCCUGUGAUUGAGGCUCAGAUUGUUAAGGAUCGCGUUACUGGUCGCUCUAAAGGUGUCGGCUACGUUGAGUUCAAAGACGAAGAGUCUGUUGCCAAAGCUCUCGAACUGACUGGUCAGAAACUGAAGGGUGUCCCCAUCAUUGCGCAACUCACGGAGGCCGAGAAGAACCGCGCUGCUCGCCCAUCUGAAGGUGGCGCUGCUCCUGGUGCCAAUGGCGCGCCGUUCCACCGCCUCUACGUUGGCAACAUUCACUUUAGUGUUACGGAGCAGGAUCUACACACGAUCUUUGCACCCUUUGGGGAGCUCGAGCAGGUCACCCUUCAGCGUGAUGAGACAAAUCCAGCUCGCUCCAAAGGUUAUGGUUUUGUUCAGUUCGUUGAUCCAACUAAAGCUAAAGAGGCCCUCGCAGAGAUGAACGGCUUCGAGCUCGCUGGUCGCCAGAUCCGUGUUGGUCUUGGCAACGACAAGUUCACCCCUGAGUCCACCGCCAGCCUGCUUCGCACCUUCAACCAACAGGCCCAGUCCUACCAGGGCUCAGCCUUCAGCGGUGCAGGUGGCCGUGGUGCUUACGCUGGUGGUACUGGUGGCGUCUUCGACCGCACCCACAGCAAGGAUGACCGUGGUGUCAGCGGUGCCUCUGCUUUGGACGACAGUGAUGUUGCUGGGGUCAACUUCAAGACUUACGAUCGCAGCAAGCUCAUGAACGCGCUAGCCCGUCGCGAUGGUCCUGAGGCUGCAGCCCAGAUCGCCCGCCCAGUCGUCAGCAAGCCUCGUGACCCCAUCGUCGACAAGCCCAUGGCUUCCAAGUGCAUCAAGAUCGAGAAUGCCUUCGAUGCUGAUCAGGAACUCCAGCAGUUUGGCCCCAGCUGGGUCAAGGACCUCGAAGGUGAAGUUAAGCUUGAGUGUGACAAGAAGUACGGCAAAGUUGUUCACAUUGCUGUCGAACCCAACUCUGAGGGCGAUGUCUACGUCAAGUUCGACUCGGUCACUGGUGGCGAGAAGGCUCUUCGUGGUCUCAACGGUCGCAACUUCAACCAUCGCGUUAUCCGCGCCUCCUACGUUGUGGAUAAGAUCUACAACUCUCUCUGGGGUGCUGCAGCAAGCAAGUUUUGA